GCUGUCUUUUCUCGUUUUCGACUUGUCUAUGUGCAGUCCCUCUAUUUCCUUCGUCCUUCUGGAACGAAAAUGCCCAAAAUCCGCCACAACCGCUCAAAGCCGCCGCCAGAAGGCUGGGACGACAUUGAGCCCGUCCUGAACGACUUUGCACAAAAGAUGCGCGAAGCUGAGGCCGAGCCGCACGAGGGCAAACGUCGCGUCGAGUCGCUCUGGCCCAUCUUCCGCAUCCACCACCAGCGCACAAGGUACAUUUACGACAUGUACUACAAGCGAAAGGUCAUCUCCAAGGAGCUGUACGAGUUUCUGCUCAAGGACAACUAUGCCGACGCCAAUCUGAUUGCCAAGUGGAAGAAGCAAGGGUACGAAAACCUGUGCUGCUUGCGAUGCGUCCAAACAAAAGAUACCAACUUUCAGGCAAACUGCAUCUGCCGAGUCCCGCGAGCAUCCUUGGAGGAAGGAAAGGCCGUCGAGUGUGUGCAUUGUGGUUGCACUGGCUGUGGCGGGUAAUAACCUGGUUGGCCAUACGGCAAAUUGUGACUAUUCAAUUUUUUAAUUUCAUUCAGGAAGACACACAACGAUAUGUACACACCACUACAUCUACGUAUGAGAGACACAACACUGA